AUGGCAGAAGCUUUGGUAUCCAAUCCAGUAACAACAACAUUUUCAACAGUUUCAACAGUGUCAACUGAAUCAUCGGCUAGCACCACAUCAGAACCAUCCACAUCCACAACAACAACUUUUGACAACAAAAACAAGAACAACAAGAAUCACAAAAAUCCAAAAAAGACAGACAAACAAGGUCGAGAGCGAGUGGCGUCCGACCGGGAAUACGGUGGUGACAAAAGCGGUUUUCUUUACAAGUCGGGCAUACCUACCUUGCGAUCCUCGGCCCAUCGGGUCAAAUUCAAAAAGAAGUGUCGCAAACAUGAUCCCAAACCAACGGAUGCCAAUGGCAAACUGACCAAUAAAACCUGGUUGCCAAAAGACUUGUUGCAAGAAGAUGUCUUUAGCUAUAGUCAAGAAGAACACGAUUUGAAAGGUGCCGUCUUGGCGCUCUUGCAACAGUGUGACGCGGAAAUUGUGGGAGAUUUUGAUCUUAAUCCACAAACAGCAGCAGCAGCAGCAACAACAGCAGAAGGAAUAGGCAGUGUCGACGACGAUAACAAAGCAAUGAAUACCACCAGCACCACCAGCACCACAACGGAUUGUAGAGAGACUCGGCUAGAAGAUUUUCGAGUGCCAGUGCAAUCCAUUUGGAGAAAGGUAAAUGGAGGCAACUGCGAAGAUACUCAAAAAUAUUUAUCCGAUCAAGUGGCCACCAACGAAGAAUUUUUGCAAGUCUUUGAUAAAUUUGUGGUUCAAGUGGCGUUGCCCUAUUUGAAGGAACGACUCUUGGCGGCUGUUGCCAAGGAAAAGGAAGAAGUGGGCGGCCAAGAAGGCACUAGUACUGAAGAAGACACAGAUACUACGACUCCCAUUACCUUUUACUACCAACGACCACCCACCUUGCGCUUGCAACCGGGUCCCGGCUGGGCCAAGGUUAAGCCCCACAACGAUGCGGAAUAUGGUCAUCAAAAUGGAGAAUUGAAUUUUUGGAUUCCCUUGACGGAUCGUCAAUGGACCGGAGUCGAUUUGUGGAGCGAAACAGUGCCGCAACAAGAUGAUUAUCGUCCGAUUCCUGCCAAUCUAGGACAAGCCAUUUCCUUUCAUGGAUCGAGCUGCAAACAUUAUGUCAACGCAAAUGCUUCCAAUCAUACGCGGGUCAGUUUGGACUUUCGAGUGGGAGUCCAAGGAUUCUUUGAUCCGUAUUGGCAAAUGAAGGGAACGACGGACGAUCAUGGUAGAAAAGAAGUGGUAUUGUAG